GAAAAUUACAAUAAUUCAAGUAAAACAUUCAGGAAGUUCCCAUUGAAAAGUAAUGCUUUGGAAUGGAACUAAUGGCUACGGAAUAUCGAAGGUCCUCCACCAAUUUAAAGCCUUAAUCAAACGAGAGAGUUCACUUUUUACCGCGCUAAAAGGUCACUUCUUACGUAACGCCACUGUAGUAUUAUUUUUAUUUUGAACGCAUCCCGUCGAGCUUAACCGUGACCGAAGAGACUCGUCGUGAUCGUGUAACGUAAGCAACAGCAUUUGUGACUCCUCGAGGUCAAUGGCUCGUCGUACAAACUUAUAAAAGCCGCUUCGACUCGACUCCAUCCUCGUAUCGUGCGUUUGGGACGGACCGGAUGAAGUACUUGGCCGCUUUCUUGCUGAUUUGCAUAUUCGCGCGCGCUGUAAAUGGAUCCAGGAAAAGGAGAUUUUUGGAUUAUUUUAAUCCCGCGCAACCAAAUUUGCUUCUUAAUACACCCGACCACGUGUGGGAGGAUCACGCCGACAGGAUCUGGAGAAUGAACAGGAAUCGCCAAUUGCAUUUUCGUCGUCCGGAUGGUUUCUUCGACGAUUCUAAUUUUUGGGAAAGUUUCCCGUCUCCGAUUAAAGUGCCCGAUUGGUUUCCAUUGAGACCUUUCCAAAAUCCUUGGCCCCCGUUUUCUAGACCUCGCUGGGAGGCUGUGGACGUGACCGGAAUCGGAAGGACUUUCGCAUCUAACGACAGACCUUGGUGGAAAGGUGCGAACGUAUGCGAAGAGAAAGAAGUGUUAAUAGAUAACGUAGAAGUGGAACGAAUUGCCAAAUCGAGUAACGAAACGUACACCAACUACGAACACAUGUCGGAAUGUAGGGAGACCGAAACUUCUUACAUCUGCAAAACGAGUUUACAAGAUGAUAACGUCAACAAGACCGUUUACGUCAAGUACGAGUGUUGUCACGGUUUCAAAAGACGUUACGACGGUGAACCGGGUUGCGUCGAAGUCGACCUGAAAGACUUGAUACAGACGAUUCGAUCGUUGGCACUGACGCGCUUCUUGGAACUGACCACAGACAUCGGCGUGGAAGACGAAUUCAGGACCAAUAAUUUUACAGUUUUCGUGCCAAAUAACCAGGCCUUCGAAGAUUACGAAAGGCAACGAGACGGCAAUGGCGAAAUGACCAUCACCACCACAGAAGAUACUAAAAAUAUGCUCACGGGCCACGCCAUCGAAGGUUUCCAUAAAUCUGGUGACUUGGUAGACGAACGCGUCGUUCCUUCGGCAAAUGGGCGCAGCGGAAUUCGUACCAACAUGUUCUUCAUGCCGGAAAAGAUAAUAACGACUAAUUGUGUUCGAGUAGUUAGCAUUAACAAUUAUGCGAAGAACGGUGUGGUGCAUAUUGUGGAAAAAGUAUUACCUCAACCGACUAGAACUUUGGCCGGUAUCAUUUCUAGCGAUCCUCAGUUUAGUAUUCUUAAGGGAUUGCUUAGUCGAGCUGGUUUAGUGCAAACUUUACGCCAUCCCAACGGCAACUUCACCCUGUUUGCUCCGACCGAUUCGGUAUUUAACGACGAGUCUAAUCUUAAAAUUCUAGAAAAGGUGAUGGAUGGUAGUUCGUGCUCUACGAGGAUUCUGAAGCAUCACCUUUUGCCAAAUGUUAUUUGCACGCCCGCUUUGACUGCUCAAGCUCGAACUAUAAACGUUCUCGAAAAUUAUCUAACGUUGUCGCGAAACGAAAACGAUAAACUGUACGUGGACGGCGUGCAAAUUGUAGCUAGAGACAUCGUGGCUACCAACGGGGUCCUCCAUAUUAUAGAUGGAAUCCUGCUACCCGACGAAGUUCAAACGCUGAGCGAUGCGCUAAAAAGUGGCGGAAUGCACGAAGUUACGGAUCUCAUCGAAGAGGCGGAUCUUCGGGAGGAACUGGAUAAAUUGGAUAAUUUUACAUUCUUUGUCCCUACCAGAAAAGCUCUAAAGAAAAUGUCGCCGAUUUUGAAAGAGGAACUGAAGAACAAUAAAGAGAAGCUACGCGAAACUCUUUUAUAUCAUAUCGUGCCGCACGACAAGGACGAAUGCGACUUUAAGGACAACGUCAAGUUGCCCACUCGCGCGAAUAACAAGACAAUUAGAAUAAAUCAAUACGGAGAAUUUUCCACAAUUUCCAACGUUCCCGCACACAUUACCGCUCAAUGCGUUCGAGUGAUCCCCAGCGACAGGAGAGUGUGCGGUGGGGUGUUACACCUAGUCGAUCAGGUGUUACUUCCUCCUAAACAAAGCGUAAUGGACGUCAUCGAAGACACGAAAGAGUUUUCGGUGUUGAAGCAUUUACUUCGAGGAACGGGUCUGGAUCGUAAAUUAAGAGAAGACGAAGGGCCCUUUACUCUCUUUGCACCCACGGACACCGCAUUUUAUAGUUUUUCUGAAGUUCCCAUUUCCGAAUUAACCGAAGAUUGGAACAGAGCCGAACGAUUCCUCAAGAGGCACAUCCUGAACGAUAUGAAAUGCUGCGCGGGUAUAUUCCACUCUCCGUUUCGACACGACCACGCGAGAACUCUAGAAGGUUCUUUGGUGCCACUGCAUCGAGCAACGUCCGGAUGGAUCUGGUUCGGACGCGCUAGAAUCCAUCAAUGCGACCUGACUGCCGAAAACGGGGUGGUGCACAUCAUCGAUAAAGUACUCGGCACGCCGACGCCCAAUUUUUUCCAUCCCAUUCCGGAUAAUUCCUUCAGAUUCUUUCCGUGAUGCGUACGUUGAAUUAUCCAUACUUAAAGAAGCUUCCACGAAGACUUACGCAGCCUAUUUAUCGAUGUACAAUACGUGGGAAGAAUUACGCGCUUUCUCAUCGUAAAUCCGAUUACUGAAUCUUUCUCGUAAAUAAAUAUUUUUAA